UACGUCGGGUUUAAGUUUAAGAAUUCAUUGAUAUUUCAGUUAGUUCAGUUGUCAAAGUUUUAGAGUGGCUGAAGAAUUUAAAGCGUUGUUGAAUUACAAUAUUUAUUUCGUGUUUAUUUUUCCCCCGUGGAAGAAAAUUUGCAUUUAUAAAAUUAAAGUCAUAAAAUUGAAAACGACUCGUAAAUUGGAUCGGCUCCACUGCACUCAGCCAACCUACUUUUUAAAAUGGGGUAAAAUCAUCGUCAUGAAUCAAUCGUCCUCUUCUUCUUCUUCUUCUCGGUAUAAAAAUAUCCACGCAAGAAAUAUCAGAAUUUUUGAGUGGAUUGAAACUAAGGAUAAGUAAGUGAGAUGUUGGAGUAAACAGUAAAAUCUGGCAGUUUCUUUUUUUCCCCGACAGACCAAUAUUUUUCUAAGGAGAGUGAAAUGAAAAAAGUCCUAAAUAGCGAUUUGAGCAGAGGUCUCAUCUCAUCAUCCCCGACCUAUUAGGUGAUUGCAUUACACCAUUAAACGUGUUAUUGGAGAUGAGCCCAGAGCAGAAAAGUCUGUAAAAAUAUGUGUUCAGAAGAAGAAGAGACACGACCAAUAUUGUGCUUACUUAUAAUCCGAUCUCUUAAUAAAGAGUAGAGUUUGCAAUGUCCAGGACAUAAAAUAAGUAAAUUGGAGGAAUUUUCCGGCUUAAAUAUCCUGGCAAUCAGAGCAAUAAUCGGGGAAAUAAUUAAUAAUUGAGAAAUAUGCACCCUUCAACAAACGUAGGAAUAAUAAUAAUAAUCACACGAUACGAUUGGAUGGUAGGGGGAAGGAAAGAAGAAAGAAGCAGAUAUUUUUCCAGUAAGGAUUACUGAUUGUAUUGCAUUACGUACGUAGCAAUGCUGCUGCUGGUGUUUUAAAAAAAAGGUGGACGCAAGAUCAAAAAGUACCGUUUGGGAUCUGACAGUCACUCUUCAGCAAGGAGAUGAAGACCAACUUUCCGGGGAAACCUUUCCUCUUUGUUUGUCUUCUUCUUGCAAGUCUGGAUUGUUCAGUGUUUAACGGUGGUGGUAAUAAAUACGGUCAGAUUGGUAAUAAAUAAAUGAUAUUUUUGUGACUGUAUCGUGCGUGGACCAGGAAAUUUUGAAAAGAUGGAAUGUUAAGUGAAGAAAUUCGAUAAGUGAUAAGAUUCAUGAGUAAAGAUAAGAAAUAGUGAAAAAUAGUUGUUGGAUUUGAACAAUGGAGGAUUUCAAUCGAGACGGCAUUGAUAGUGCAAAUUUCAGUGCAAAUUUCACCUCGACGAAUGAUGAGACCGAAAUUUUUGCGAGUAACGAUUCCAUUGUCUCAAAUUUCUCACCUUUCUACCCACCACAAGCUGCCUGGGUUGCUGCGACAUUUGCCAUUGUCUUCAUCAUCGUUGGAGUUAUUGGAAACUUGGGCACAAUUUGGGCACUUUUAGAAAAUAAGAAAUUACGAGGAAAUGCGACAACGUGGUUCGUACUGAGUUUAUGUUUUUCGGAUUUUUUAUUCUGUACGAUCAAUUUACCAUUGACGGCGUCAAGAUAUAUUCACCAGGCCUGGAUUUUUGAUGACCUCCUUUGUCAAAUUUUUCCAUUUUUCUUCUACGCAAAUUUCGGAGCGUCUCUGCUGAACAUUACGCUGAUUGCGAUUAACAGAUACGUCCUCAUCUCCCACAACAAUUUGUACGACCGGAUCUACUCCCCGUGCAACGUGGCUUUGAUGGUCUUGUUCAUCUGGAUCUUCUCCUUCGGCCUGUUAGUCCUACCUGCCCUCAAACUGUGGGGAUCCCUCGGCCUGGAUCCGGUCAGCUUUUCCUGCACAAUUCUCAAAAAGGAUGGCACCUCGCCGAAAAAGUUUCUCUUCAUUUUUGGCAUUCUUCUCCCCUGCAUCGCAAUAAUUUUCUGCUACACCUGCAUCUUCUUCAAAGUCCGGAAUAGCAAACGGACCCUGAGAUCGUUUCAGAUUCGCCCCACGGGAUCGGAACGAGUCGUUGUGGAUCCUCGUCAGCGGAAUGCUCGUCACCAGAAGGAACGUCGAGAUGAGAUUCGUCUAACGAAAAUGAUGUUUAUCAUAUUCGCCACGUAUCUGAUUUCCUUCCUGCCGUUGAUGAUAUUCAAUGUGAUUGAUGACGAGGCACGCCGAUUUCCUGGAGUGCUGCACAUCAUUGCGUCCAUCCUCGCGUGGAGUUCGGCCGUUAUUAACCCGUUCAUCUACGCCGGGUCGAAUCGCCAAUAUCGCCAAGCCUAUGGGGACUUGUUGUCUUGUUGGAAGUCGUGUGGUGGGGAUGCUUCUCACAACGCGGGGAGCAGAUCUUGCUCCGGAAAUAAGACUUGCGUCAGCGACGCGACAAUGGCAGCGGUUCAGUUUAGAACGAAUACGAACUAUUAAAUACAGUUAGUUAAAUACGUACAUAUGUGAGUUUAGUGUUAUGUAUGAAGUAAUAAAUUGUUAAAGUUUUGUUGUCCCCAAAA